CAUAAAUUGCUUGUCAGAAUGAUGAAACUGAAAGAGCUAGAAUCUUGGCUCCAAGACAUUACUGGGUUUGAGAAUCCAAAGGUAAAACUUGAGCAGUAUGAAACACCAGCUCACAUUGCUGCACGGAUGGUUCAUACGAUGGAAUCUUCAUUUGGAGAUCUGCAGGGGAAGGUUGUAGCUGAUCUUGGAUGUGGGUGUGGAAUGCUGGCAAUUGGAACAGUCAUGAUGGGUGCCUCAGUUGCUUUUGGGUUUGACAUUGAUAGUGACGCUCUUCAGAUCUGCCAAGAAAAUCUAGAGGAAUUAGAGGUCCCGUCCAUUGAGCUAAUACAAACUGAUGUCAAGUUAUUAGGGGGAGACCAAUCAAAAUUUCACAAGUUUUUUGACACAGUUGUCUUGAACCCACCCUUUGGCACCAAACACAAUCAUGGUUCAGACAUGGAAUUUCUUAAAGUGGCUUUAGAUAUUUCCAAAACAGCAGUGUACAGCCUGCAUAAGACUGCCACAAGAAGCCACAUAACAAAGAAAGCAGCUGACUGGGGUGUUAAGAUGCAGGUUUUGGCUCAACUACGUUAUGAUCUCCCAAGUACCUACAAGUUCCACAAGAAGAAGUCAAUUGAUAUUGAAGUUGAUUUUAUUAGAUUUUCUCAUAAAUAGAUCCGAUGUUGACCUAGGUACCUAUUUUUUACUAAGUUACUAAAUGAAAUCAAGGACUGAGGGACAAUUCUGAUUGUAAGUGUACUGGCAAUUAUACACAUUUUAUAUUUGUUUUUGUCUUUUGCAGUUAAAGCAACCUCAGCAUGUCAAAUUUUUGGACGUAAUAUAUAACGAAGAUACAAAGAUUGUCAUUUUUAAGGAUAAGUUAUUAGUUAUAAGAAGAAUCUACAGAGAAAAGUAUUCCAUGAAGUGAAACAUUUGAACUAUAAAGAAUUAUAAGACCUUUGGUUCGAAUUUGAUAGAUUGAAAAUGAAGGAAAGUAACUCAACUUCAUUAUUAUAAUUUGUAAUGACAUACAAUGUAUCAAGUAUUUUUGACUAUUAUAUUUUAAAGUUUAGUAAAAUUUGUUAAAGUUUAAUAAGACAUUUUAUUUUUUACAAAAGCACAUACAAAGCAACACAUUGUGAAACAAAUGAAAAAAAAAAGCAUGAUUAGUGAUAAGUGAUAGAUAGAUAUUAAUCAUAUUAAUGCCAUACAACAGUUAUCAGCCAACAUAAGGAUGUUUUGGUUAUACAAACUUUAUGAAGCAGACAGAGAAAUAUCAUGUACCAUGUCCUACCUUUAGCUGCAAUAAAUCAACUUAUGGUUUAGCACUAUGAAGAAAUGGAGUAUAUAAAAUCUUUCAAUGCUAAUAUCUCAAGAGCAUGGUUUCUUAUGCAUAUCAUUCUGGCCCAAACAGUCUCAUCUCACAAAUGUAAUCUUUGCUAGCUUGCAUAUUUUAAAUAUCAGAAGAAAGAAAAUUACUUUUAUCUUGAAAGACUUAUAGGUUAUUAGUUUCUAAAAAGGCUGUCAUAUUUUUAUUAAUUUAUAUUUCUAAAUACCAGACAAUUUAGGGCAAGUAAAUAUCAUUCUUUUACUUUAUAUCUUUACUGAAAAUAACUUGCCUGAAUUUACCUAACUUUACAAGUAUAUCUUCUCCUAUAAAGAAGUUUUGUUUAAAUUACUCAAACUGGCAAAUCUAAUCUUAUUUAAUGUCUUUAACUGAACAAUUAAUGAUGAUACUAAUACAAAUUAUACACACAUAACAAUGACAGUGAAUAAUAAUAAUAGAGUGUCUUAUUAAUCAUUGCUGCAGGUCUAGCAUGAAAAAAGAAAGAAA